AUGUCCGCCGUGACCGGCCUGUCAUGGAGCGGAGACAGCCUCGAGGGCCUGGGCUGGGGCAGCCGGGUCUGGGUCCUGGCCGAUGGCACCUGGUGCCCCGGCACUCUCGCCUCUACGGGCCGCGACUCCGCGACGCUGGAGGUCUUUCUGGAGGGCGCCGGGAAGUCGCGGUCCUUCCCGGCGCGGGACGUGGCCCCUGCCAACCCGGUGGACCAGGAGUCCAGCGACGACCUCACCACCCUGCCCUUUGUCACCGAGCCGGGCCUCCUGCGCUGCCUGCAGAGCCGGUUUGACCACGACGCGGUCUACACCACUGCCGGGCCUGUGCUGGUGGCUGUGAACCCCUUCAAGCCCGUGCCUCUGUAUGAUGUGGAGGCCCACCGGAAGGCAGCCACGCCCGGCACCCCCCACGUUUACACCGUGGCCCAGCACGCAUUCUCCCAGAUGAAGGAGACGGGCAAUUCUCAGAGCAUCCUCAUCACUGGCGAAUCUGGGGCAGGGAAGACGGAGACCACCAAGUUUGCAAUGCAGUACCUAGCCGUUCUGGCUGGGGGUUCCGGCAUGGAGCGCCGCGUCCUGGACUCCAACCCGCUGCUGGAGGCCUUUGGCAACGCCUCCACGCUGCACAACGCCAACUCCUCCCGCUUCGGCAAGCUGACCACCAUCCACUUUGACGACCGGCACGCCAUCGCGGGCGCCACCAUCCAGACCUACUUGCUGGAGAAGUCGCGCGUGGUGUCCCACGCCGUCGGCGAGCGCAGCUUCCACGCUUUCUACCAGCUCUGCGCGGGCGCUGGCCCCGAGGAGCGCGCCGCGCUGGGGCUCCCGGAUGCCGCGGCCUGCCGCUUCGCCUACCUUUCAGGCGGCGAGAGCACCCCCCCCGCGCUGGGCCCCAGCGACGCGGCCGGCUUCGCCCAGGUGAAGGCCGCCAUGGAGGCGCUGGGCGUGCCCGCGCCGCCCGUGCUGCGCCUGCUGGCCGCCGUGCUGUGGCUGGGCGACUUAUACGACUUCUGCGACGAUGGCCAGGGCGCGGCGGGGGUGGUGGGGGGCCCACGCUCCCCAGCGCUGCGCCACGCCUGCCGCCUGCUGGGCGUGGCGCCCGAGGCCCUGGCCGCCGCGCUGACGACGCGCGAGCUGGCGGCGGGGGGCGAACGCGUCAGCCGGCGCCUGAGUCCCGCGGCGGCCGCUGAGGGGCGGGACGCGCUGGCCAAGGCCCUGUACGCCCGCCUCUUCGACUGGCUGGUGCGCCAGGUGAACGUCGCGCUGGUGGCGGCGGGCGCUCCCCGCGCCUCCAUUGCCGUGCUGGACAUCUACGGCUUCGAGGCCUUUGCCACCAACUCCUUCGAGCAGCUGUGCAUCAACUACGCCAACGAGCGCCUGCACCAGCAGUUCAACGCCCACCUGUUCAAGCUGGAGCAGGCGGUGUAUCGCGACGAAGGCAUCGACUGGACCGACGUCGAGUUCGUGGACAACCAGGACUGCGUGGACUUGCUGGAGGCACGGCCGCCAGCGGGUGUGGGGGUGCUGUCCCUUCUGGACGAGGAGUGCCUCUUCCCCCAGGGCAACGACACCACCUUCGGGGAGAAGCUGCGCAAGGAGGCCGGCUGGCACCCGCGCUUCUCCUUCGAUGCUCGCGCCCCCGGCACGGACUUUUGCAUCCACCACUCCUCUGGCAGCGUGGUCUACUCCUGCGCCGCCAUGCUGGACAAGAACCGCGACACGCUGAGCCAGGACCCGUUGCUGGUGCUCACCGACAGCAGCGAACCCCUGCUGCGCGGCCUGGUGGCCGGCCUGGACGCGACCCAGCUCCACUUCAUCCGCUGCCUGAAGCCCAACGCCGCGCAGCGCGCCGACGCCUUCGACCCACGCGCCGUGCUGCACCAGCUGCGCUGCUGCGGCGUGCUGGAGGUGGUGCGCCUGGCGCGCGCCGGGUUCCCCGCCCGCCACGCGCACGCCGACUUUGCCGCCGCCUACGCGCACCUGCUGGGGCCAGCGCUGGGCAGCGAGCGGGCGAGCACGCAGCGCGCGCAUCCAGGCACGCCCCCGCCCGGCGCCCUGGACACCUGCCUGGACCUGGUGCGAGCCUUCGACAUCCCCGCCGCCGACUUCCGCGCGGGGCGCACCCGCCUCUUCUUCCGGGCGGGGGUGCUGGCCCGGCUGCAGGACCGCGCCGAUCGCGUGCUCAGGGCCACUGCCGAGAAGGAGCGCGCCGCGGACGUGGCGGCCGCCAGCUGCCUCAUCCUCACCGGCGAGGUGUCUUUCGGCGCCCGCCGCACCGAGAGCCUCCCCUGCGCUGAGCCCAGCCUCCCCUCAGCAGAUCUGCAUGCACAGCUGCAAGAGGCGCUCGCGGGGCGGCGCGAGGCGGAGACCGACGCCCAGCUGCUGCGUGCCGAGCUGGAGCAGCUGCAGCAGUCUCUGACAGGGACGGGGGGGCUAUCCCCCGCCUGGGCAGGCGACCGGGGCCGCGGUGGGUUCAAGGCAGCGCCGCACCCCGACGCUGCCCUGGCCGCCGCCCGGGCCAGCGGCCGCAGCGGCGGCACUCAGCCGGGGCUGUCCACCUCCCUGGACGACGUCAGCUUCAUGUCCGUGAGCGAGGGUGGCGAGGGCGCAUCGCCCGACUCCCAGUUCACGCCCUCGCCCCCGCACCCGGGGCGCCCAGAGGCCGCCUCGCCGCCCACGGCGCAGCGCAUGCUGGCCUCGCUGGCCCGCGACUUCCGGCGCAAGGCCACGCUCUUCGACGACGACGUGGCCUUCAUCAUGGAGGUGCACAGCGGCGCCUCGGAUGCCCCAGGCAUGGACCCCGACGCCGAGCUGGCGGCGCUGCAGCAGCGCUACCGCGUGUGGAAGACGGCGUUCAAGGGCAAGCUGGCGGCGGCGGAGCGCGCGCUGCGCUCCGGCAAGAAGGCCCGGCGUGGGUUCAAACCCUUCGGCAGGUGA